AUGAUAUACGUGUCAAUCGCUGUCAAUGGAGACAAAAGAGUUGCAGCAAAAUCAUUUUUGACAAUUCCAAAACACGUUAUUUCAAAAUUGGUCGAUAGUUUGAAGAUGAAUACCGGCAAAAACAACUUAGAAGAAGAAGAUUUCGAUGAAGUAAAUGAAGUACAAAGGAACAGACAAGAAGAAAACUUCAUUGCACUUUUGGCAACAACAUCUUCUGCUUCUCGUGUUUUCAUGAAAUUGACAACACAUGUUUUAAUUGCCAUUUUCAUUUUGAUGGUUUUAUCUGUUUGUUGCAUCAUGUUCUCCGCAUACAACAUUGUUUCUUCCAAUGAAAUCAUUCGUUUGGCAUCCCCUCACGCCAUGAAUUUCUUAACAAUGUAUACGAUGUUGGCGAACUCAAUUAUUCCUGUUAUGUCUGUUGUUGUUAAUGAUUUAGGAACUCCUAUUUUAGGUGCAAAUAGAACUGAAUCAAUACAAGGAAUAUUUACAACAAUUGCUUAUGCAAUGAGUUUCUAUGAAACAGCAAGAUUUGGUAAAGUAGAAGACAAUAUAAGACCUUUAUCUUAUAUAGAUUAA